GCGGGUCUCCUUAGCGGCUGGUGGCGGGGAUACGUCCUUGCUCGAGCUCGUCGACUGUGGCGUCUGCCUGAUCGCACCAACUCCAAGACUUGGAAAUAUUGGACAUCUAAUUGACUCCAAAUUGUAAGCCACAGGAUGAGUACUCACAGGGCAUGAGAGAUUGAGAACUUUCAGCCUCCCCAUAAACCUUGGUGUAUAUCACUUACUUUUCUGUGGAUUGAAGCCAGAGAGCACAAUGAGUAGAAGAAAUCCUCAAAGAAAGCGGCGUGGUGGAACAGUAAGUUCUAGACAAGCCCAGAAGUGAACUCAGGAAACAACUUCAACCCCUGAGAUUUCCUUGGAAACAGAACCCAUAGAACUCGUGGAAACUGCUGGUGAUGAAAUCGUGGACCUCACCUGUGAAUCUCUAGAGCCUGUCGUUGUGGACCUCACUCACAAUGACUCUGUUGUGAUUGUUGACGAAAGGAGAAGGCCAAGAAGAAAUGGGAGGAGGUUACGCCAAGAUCAUGCUGACAGCUGUGUGGUGAGCAGUGAUGAUGAGGAACUGUCUAGGGACAGAGAUGUAUAUGUGACUACCCAUACUCCUCGAAGCGCCAGGGAUGAAGGAGCUACAGGACUCAGGCCCUCAGGUACUGUCAGUUGUUCAAUCUGCAUGGAUGGAUACUCUGAGAUUGUGCAGAACGGGCGCCUCAUUGUUUCUACAGAAUGUGGCCACGUCUUCUGUAGCCAGUGCCUCCGUGAUUCCCUAAAGAAUGCUAACACUUGCCCAACUUGUAGGAAAAAGAUCAACCAUAAACGGUACCACCCCAUUUAUAUAUGAAAUGUUCAGAACUGCUCAGGAUAGACCAAUGGACAGACAGCCAGACUGGGCUUUCUGCAUGGUAUCUGCCUCCAGUUUCCUGAGCUAAAAAUGACUUUCAAAAAUCAAUGUCUGAUGUAAAAUGCUCUUUUGUUUUCCAACCCCUUAGAUCUUUUUGUUUUCUCCAGUUUGAUGCUAUCGAGUGGGAUCCUCCCAGGUCAGCUUAGCAUCUUUGCUCCUGGGUAUUCUGAGCUGGGAGUAGGGGAAAAGGAGUCAGGCACAUUGGAGUUUGAGUAUUGUGGCUCCAGCCUCUUUAUGGAGCUUACAUGUUGGCCAAGAAGUUUCCCUGUUGGGAAAGUUUGCCCCAACUCUUCUGGGUACAGAACCUUUCCAAGGUAUCUGCCAGUUAGCUAUUCUGCCUGCCACACAGUGACCUGGCCAGACAUAGUCCAUCCAACCCAAGGAUCCCAGUACAGAAGCCGGCCCUGAAAAGCCCUGCUGGUGGACUUUUAUUUUUCUUUGGAGAG